CGCCCAUCGGCCGCGUCCCGCCCCUCGCGCGCUGAGGCUGGCCGGCCGCCCUUCCCUACCGCUGCAUCGCGCCCUGGUAGAGCCGAGCCGAGCCGAGCCGAGCGCGAUGGCCCGCGAGGAGGUGGCGGUGGCCGGCGAGGAGGUGGCUGCGGCCGAGGGGGGCGGGCUGCUGCUGGAGAUCGUGGGCUCCCCGCUCAACCUGAGCCUGCUGGGCCUCUGCCUCUUCCUGCUCUACCAGAUCGUGCGGGGCGAGCGGCCGGCGGCGCCGGCGGACGAGGCGGAUCCGCAGCCGCUGCCCAAGAUGAAGCGCCGCGACUUCACGCUGGCGCAGCUGCGGCCCUACAACGGGGUGCAGGAGCCCCGCAUCCUCAUGGCCGUCAACGGCAAAGUCUUCGACGUGACCCGCGCCAGGAAGUUCUACGGGCCCGAGGGCCCAUAUGGAAUUUUUGCUGGAAGAGAUGCAUCCCGAGGUCUUGCCACUUUCUGCCUGGAUAAGGAGGCUCUGAAGGAUGACUAUGAUGACCUCUCUGAUCUCAACGCUACACAGCAAGAGACCCUGCAGGACUGGGAGUCACAAUUCACUUUUAAGUAUCACCAUGUUGGUAAGCUGCUGAAGGAAGGGGAGGAACCCACUGUAUACUCUGAUGAAGAAGAAAAAGAUGCCCAGGAUGCAAAGAAAGACUAGACAGUGAGGAACAAUCUAUUUUUGGAUUGUAAGGGAUUGUUUGUAACAUUCCACUUCUGUUUUACAACUUGCAACAGCAGUGAUGCUUCCACCAGGUCCAGAGUAAACAGUGUAUUGUUUCUUUUCAAAGGUUUCCUUUUCCAAUUCAGUGGUAAACUACUAAAGGUCUGUCUUCCUUUAAACAUGCACAAAAAAAGUCUGUAAAUGGCAGUGUUGGCAAUAAAGGACUAUUAAUCUUUU